CGCUGAAAAUCCCCUCCAAGCAUCAAGUUGGCCGAUUUAUUAUCAUUAUCAUUCCAACCUCCCUGACCCCACCAUGCAUGCAGGCAAACACCCCACCUUCUACUACCCCAUCGAGACGCCCCUCUCCAACGACCGGGUCAAGCUCAUCCCCUUCGAUGUGGACCUCCACAGCGCCGCCUUCGUCGACCAGUCCAAGGACUACCCACAGCUAUUCGCUCAUAUGCCCAGCGGACCAUUCCAGACAGUUGGCGCCUGGAAGUCCAGAUUCGAAGACCCGUCCUCCUUCUUCUCGCCGACCAACCCGUCCAGUUUCGUCUUCGCCAUCAUCGACACGACGCGCUCGCCCUCACCCGAGGACGAGGAUGGCGAGCUGGCGGGUGUCGUCCUAUACAUGAACACUUCCAAGCCGCACCGUAGCACCGAGAUCGGCUUCAUUGUUGUGCUGCCCAACUACCAGCGCACCCACGUCGCCACCAACACGGUCGGCUUGUUAAUGCAGUGCGCAUUCGGCAGCCCGGACGAGGGAGGGUUGGGUCUCGUGCGGGUCGAGUGGAAGACUAGCACCGCGAACAUCCCCAGCGCCAGGCUCGCCGAGAAGAUUGGAUACAGCAAAGUCGGCGUGAUCCCCUAUCAUUACUGUUUUGCGCUAGGGAAGAGGACUGAGAAGGUCAGUAAUGGGAAGCCGCUGCCGCCCGGGAGCGACCCUGAUGACCUGUGGAGAGACACUGUGGUCUACAGCAUGAGCUGGGACCAGUGGGAGACGGCGAAGGGGAAGGUCGAGGAGAUGAUGGCCCGGUGAAGCGAUGGUGUGUUCAAUGAUUGACCUGCUCGUUCUUCUUCCAUAUGUUGCAGCCUACAACGAUUAUAACCCAGCAGAUCAUGCGAGGCCGACCUACAUAGCUGCAUAUUUUGUGUGGAUAAUAUUAUUAUCCUUUCCGAUCAGCUGGGUGCGGGUCUCCGUCCCUUUAUUUUCUGCUCCUCCCAAGAUUGAGAGAUGGCAGGACUCAAACUUUGAGAACAUUUCGAGGACAUUCAAAGGAUGAGGGCUGCAAAAAUAAGACGAAAAAAAAAAAGAAAAAAGGGAAGAAUGAGUGUGUGAACUCAAACCAUUAGACGAUUGAUGAGCUAGCCAGUUCUACUAUCACUGAUCUGGCAGCAUGAAGCAGGGUAGUUGCAAUUGGUCUUGUCUGCCUAUUGAUGUUUUUUGUUUUCCUUUUUUAAGUAGAUUCUGUUUGCCAUGUCUUUCCAAGCUCUUUCAAGACUGCAUUUCACAAUUAGGUGGAAAGGCAAAUUUGCAGUCCAAAAUCUCGUUGUAUAGCGACUCAG